GAUAUGAAAAUGAUUGGCAGUGAUUAUGUAUUGGAGGCUCACAAUAUCUUUCACACCACCGAGGUGGAUGGUGGUGGUUGUUUCAAUGGGGCCGGCAGUUCUGCCUUGGUUUUAAAAGGCGUUAAUUUAACUGUUCACAGUGGUGAAGUCAUGGCCAUAUUGGGCUCUAAGGGCAGUGGUAAACGGGCUCUUCUUGACGUCAUUGCUCGACGCGCCGAAGGUGCAACCAGAGGACAAGUUUUACUCAAUGGUUCUCCAUUAACUAAAGCUUUGUUUCAGCAGCGCUGUGGUUAUGUUACCCAGUCUUGUACUUUUAUACCUGGUUUAACAGUUGCUCAAACUUUACACUACACUCCUACCAUUCUUUCAGGAUAUUUAAAAAGCUCAAAAGUCCGCCAAGUAUUAGCCGAUUUGGCCUUAUCACAAGUUGCUCAUAAACGUGUGGAAUAUUUGAAUAUCAGCGAGGCUAGACGAUUAUCAAUUGGUAUACAAUUGGUAAGGGACCCAGUAAUGCUACUCUUGGAUGAACCCACCCAAGGGCUGGACCCUUUAAGUGCCUAUCUGCUCAUUUCGAUUCUUUCGAAUACUGCCAAAAAGACUGGCUGUGGUAUUCUUUUGUCUUUGGAGAAACCUCGUUCGGAUGUUUUUCCCUUUCUGGAUCGUGCCUUAUUCCUAUGCCUAGGUGGCGUUGUAUAUUCGGGUGGCACUCGUGCUAUGCUUGAAUAUUUCCAUGGCAUAGGUUUUCCCUGUCCACAAUUGGAGAAUCCCCUCAUGUAUUAUCUGUGUCUAUCAACGGUCGAUAGACGUAGCAGAGAUCGUUUUGUUGAAUCAAGUCAACAAAUUGAGGCUCUUGUCGAACGAUUUUCCAGAGAAACCCCUAUGUCUGAUGGGCCUGUAAACAAUAUGGGCAGUGGCAAGGUUCCAUUGGCUUAUGGAAAGCCAGGGGAGCUGAAAGUGUGGGUCAUGUUGUAUCUCAAAUUAUUGGCUUCGACUUUUGCUUGUGGAGCUGCUGGCAUGAAGACCUUGUUUUUACGUUUAUUUAUUUUACCCUUGGCUAUGAGUUUAAUGUGGUUGUUCUACACCAAUGUUGGGGAUGAUUCUCAUGGUUUCUUUACGAAAAAUGGUUUAAUAUUAAAUGUCAUCGGGUUGGCCUAUGGAUGUGGCAUUUUGUGCACGAUUACUUUAUUCCCCAUAUGGCGUAAACGUUUCUCGCAGGACACACCCGAAGGACUCUAUUCCGGAGCCACUUUAUUGAUUGCCUAUAAUUCUGUUUCCAUACCAUUCUCGUUAAUAUCAUCCAUUAUAGCUAGUUUGGUUAUAUAUCCCUUGUUGCUGGAUUCCAAGUUUCCAAAUGGCACUACAUUUGCAUAUUUAAUGGUGGCCCUGUGGUCAAGUUUCGUGUUGGCAGAACAAUUGAGUAUAUCCUUCUUGUUGGUGGUGAAAGUGCCCUUUAAUGCUGCCAUUGCGGUGACUUACAUAUUGGUGAUUUCUAUUGCCUUGGCAAGUGGAACGGUGCGUUCCUUCAAAGGCCUGCAGCCCUGGCUUCAGGACAACACCAAGGGAACACAUACCCGUUAUGCCUCUUCGCUGCUGCACAGUAUUACUUUUCAGACUAGAAAUAUGAAUUGCACGCCAACAGCUUCGGUGAUUUGCCCCAAACCGGCCGAUUUCUUACAUGAACGUUUAGGUUUGGCUGAUCCUGAUGAAACUAUCGAUGUUGUGGCCUCGUGUGCCUUUGCUGUGGGUUUGGCCGCUUUUAACAUGUUGCUCUACAUGUUUCCAAUGCCGCGAUGUGUAAGACAAAAGUUUAGAGACUGAUUUCCAUGAAGAAAAAUUCGUUCAAUUAUUGCUUCAAAUUCAUUCUAUAAAUUAUUUUACUCGUAUGUCAUAAUUUUAAUA